AUGCGCCUCACUUCAGCCUCAAGCAUCAUGUCUAGUAUAUCUCAACGAUCGAUGAGUUCCUCGGCCCGGAAGGUGCCCCUCCUCCUGACUCCCGAGGCGUACAAGAAGCUCCCGAAGUCCUCCACCAUCCCCCUCGACGCCUCAUGGCACAUGCCCAACUCCCCCCGGUCGCCCAUGUCCGAAUACCUCUCUGGGCCCCGUCUGCCCCGUGCGCGCCGGUGGGACCUGGACGAAGUGGCCGAGCUGGCGGGCGAGAAGAAUCUGUUGAAUCUGACGCAUAUGUUGCCUAGUAAGGAGAGGUUUGUGGAGAAGUGCCGCAAGCUGGGGAUCAAGGAUGAUACCCAUGUUGUCUUGUACGACUCUAUCGGUGUCUUCUCGUCUCCUCGCGGCGCAUUCACCUUCAUCGCGUUCGGCCACGAGAAAGUGUCGAUACUGGACGGCGGACUGCCCAGGUGGAUAGCCGAUGGCGGGGAGGUAGAAGUGGGCGAGACGAAGGAGUCUGAGGGGGUUGCGGCGAGCGAGUACAAGGGGGCGGAAGACCGGAGUGCGGAGUUCAUCCGAUCGUACGAGCAGGUCGUGGAGAACUCAGAGAAGGGGCCGGAAGGCGAGGUGGUGCUGGAUCAUCGACCGCUACCGAGGUACACCGCUGAAGCCCCCGAGCCCCGCGCCGGCCUCUCAACAGGGCACAUCCCGCACUCCCUCCCUUUGCCCUUCUCAUCCUACCUCAACCCCUCCUCCUCUUCCGUCCCAUACACCUCCCUCAAGUCCCCUGCGGAGCUUCGCGAGGUGCUCAUCCAGGGCGUGGGCGGUGAGUCGGCAUGGGAAGCGGUCACCAAGGGGGAGAAUGGGGUGGUGUUUACGUGCGGGAGCGGCAUGACGGCUGCGGUCGGGUGGUUGGCUAAUGAGGUGGCUAAAGAGGAUGGGAGUGGGGCGGUCAAGACGGCGAUAUAUGAUGAGAGCUGGACCGGGUAUGCGAGUCGGCCGGAGAGCAAGAUUAUCAAGGGAAAGAGCCCAGCUUAG